AGCGGGCGGCCGAGGCUGAGCGCGGCCCGGGGCGUCCGCCAGGGGGCGCGCUGCGACGGGGCGGGAGGGGCCGUCUGGUCUGGGGAAUUAGCACCGGGGACGGGCGCGCGCGCAGGUCCCCAGCACAUCUGGGUGAGAGCCGAGCCGCUGGAACCGAGAGGGGCGCCGAGCGCAUAUUUGGAGCCGCGGAACCGCGGUGCAGCUGGAGCCCUUCGAGGCGCUCGGGGCACACAUCUGGGACCUCGAGCGGGGACGCGCCGGGCACAGCUGGACUCGGGGUGGGGGGCGGCGGCUGUACAGCUGGACCGAAGGGGGCGGGGUCGGUCCUGGGAGACUGGCUGAGGGGAGGGCCGCGAGCCGCCAAGGACUGGAGCAUGGGACGGCGCGCCUAAAGGAACAGGAAGGGGAGAAAGGGGCCUGGGACCCCGAAAGGGAAAAGAGGAAGGCGGACCAGAGCAGAAGAGGACGAUGCAACUGACUCGCUGCUGCUUCGUGUUCCUAGUGCAGGGCAGCCUCUAUCUGGUCAUCUGUGGCCAGGAUGACGGUCCCCCUGGCUCAGAGGACCCUGAGCAUGAUGACCAUGAGGGCCAGCCCCGGCCCCGGGUGCCUCGGAAGCGGGGCCACAUCUCACCUAAGUCCCGCCCCAUGGCCAACUCCACUCUCCUAGGGCUGCUGGUUCCGCCUGGGGAGGCUUGGGGGGUCCUUGGGCAGCCCCCCAACCGCCCGAACCACACCCCCCCACCCUCAGCCAAGGUGAAGAAAAUAUUUGGCUGGGGUGACUUCUAUUCCAACAUCAAGACAGUGGCCCUGAACCUGCUCGUCACGGGGAAGAUUGUGGACCACGGCAACGGGACCUUCAGCGUCCACUUCCGACACAAUGCCACGGGUCAGGGCAACAUCUCCAUCAGCCUCGUGCCCCCCAGCAAAGCUGUGGAGUUCCACCAGGAGCAGCAGAUCUUCAUUGAAGCCAAGGCCUCCAAAAUCUUCAACUGCCGGAUGGAGUGGGAGAAGGUAGAACGGGGCCGCCGGACCUCCCUCUGCACCCACGACCCAGCCAAAACCUGUUCCCGAGACCACGCUCAGAGCUCAGCCACCUGGAGCUGCUCCCAGCCCUUCAAAGUCGUCUGCGUCUACAUCGCCUUCUAUAGUACAGACUACCGGCUGGUCCAGAAGGUGUGCCCAGAUUACAACUACCACAGCGACACCCCCUACUACCCCUCUGGGUGACCCUGGGCAGGCCACAGAGGCCAGGCCAGGGUUGGAAGGACAGGUCUGCCAGUGCAGGAGGCCAUGUGUCUGGACGCUGGGCAGGGAAGGGGAUGGGCCUCAGGCAGGGAGGGAGGGGCGGAGAGAAGGAGAUGCCAGGUGGGGCCAGGACCAAGUGGAGCGAAAGGGUCCCCAGUGCUGGCCCCACCCUGAGUUGUGGAGCUGCUGGAACCCAGGAGCACUGGGGGAGGAGUGGGCUCUGGGUCCCCUACAGGGCUUCCCAUGGAGCCAAGGCGAACGUCAGGCCCUGAGGCCCCUGGGCGGUCAGACCAGGGUGGCCCCAGAUCAAGUCAUGGAGAAGACUAUGGCUCCCUCCUGGCCAUCCUGAGAGACGACAGCAUCAGGCAGAGGGGGGUUCCAUCAGUGUAGACACCAAGUGGUCACUUAGGAUGGCUGGCUGAGGUGAGGCUUCCUAGGAGCCAGUGGUGGGCAGCCCUCAGCCUCUUUCUUGCACAGAGAACAGCAGGAGACUGAAGUCGUCACCUUGAGGGCUUUGAGGUUUGGACAAAUAGACCGUCGGUCUCCAGCCAGCCACCCCCUUCCACAAUCCCCCCUCCUGCCAGCACUCUGCUCUCUUACCUACCCUCUUGCUGAUAGCGCACCAUUGUUAAACUGAGAGAGGACAAUGGUGGUCCUCCUAGCUCUAAAGCCAUGGGUGGAAGACCACCUGUGUGCUGUGUCCCUCCUGCACCGCACCCCCUGCUGAGAGUGGUCCCUCAAUAGUCAGCCCCACCUGUCAGAGUGCACCUCUCCUGAUAGGGACGAGCCUGGGGUAGGACUUGGAGGGCAUGCUGGGUCUGUUCCCUAGUGUCUGUCUGUGGGUCGGGGGGAGGGGCGGGAAGUCUCGUGAAAUCACCUGAUUGUCAACUUCUGUGUGCAGAGUCUUGUUCUUGGAACAGGGAAUAAAGCUUUCCCCAGGACACUGCAUUCUGAGUUGUCCAGGAGAGAGGGCCCCAAGAGCCCCUGGUCCAGUCAGCAUUUCUCAGCGGCAGGACAUUGCUGGGCAGCAGAGCUGCAGGGCUCCGUCAGCUGGUGGAGCUGGUGUCACUAAGGCUCCAGGGCUACCUCUCCAGCCCCCUUUCCAGGCUACCAGAUCCAGCAUCAGAAACAGAGUAACUACCCCAUGCUUGGUGCUCAUGGGGCUGGGGGUUGCCUCUGCAAGAACAGCUGGUGGAGGAAGAGCUGGUGAGUGAGAUGGGCCGAAUCAGGGUGCACCUUGUCCUCCCUGAAUUGCCAUCCAGGCCACCCCUAGUGGCAGAGGACCAGUGGAAUCCUUGCUCUGCCACUAAUUUGCUGUGUGGCCUGGGUUAAGUUCAUUGUCCUCUCUGGUCUCUUUCAGUUUUAACAUGAGAGGUCUGCCCAGCCCAGGGGUUCUAGGUGGGUGGGCAUCUGACUCAUCUAGAAGGUUUGUGACAACACAGAUUCCUAGGUCACCUAAUUUAGUGGGUUUGGGUGGGCCCUAAGGAUUUGCUUGUGUAAUGAGCCCCCAGGUAGAUGUUGCUGCUGCUGUCCAGGGAACCACCAUUUGAGAAGGGUCCUUUUUGACUUUGGCUCCAUAGGACAAGGAGAUUUCUCCAUGCUCUCUCCCAGUUGUAAUUUCCAUCUACUUCUCCUGGGGCAGGGUCCUUUUAGAGGAUCCACAGGCUGGGGUGGAGUAAAAGACAAAGGAGCCUGAACACAGCCAUUCCCUCCCGGAUGGUGGGUAGGCAAGCCUCAGAAUGGGUGGUUACCCAGGACUCCUGCCAGGAAAUUGGUUGGUCCUUGAGGGGAUCAGUGAGGGGAAGGCUGGAGCCCUGGCCACAGUCCCUCUGGAGGUCAUCCUGGGUCCUUUCUCUUGGGAGGUCUGUGCUCCUUCGGCACUGUAGCCACAGUGGGGAAUGUCCUGGCUCAAGGAUAUAUGGACUCACCACCCCGGCCUUUGCCCCUGCCCAGCAGUGCUGAGCCCGCACACCCACUGACACACUGCAGCACAGAGCCAUGUGGGCUUAAAAGCCACCUUGGUGCAAACCCACCUUAUGUGAAGUGACUUAGAAAGAAGUGACUUGAGGGCUGGGAGAUAGCUCAGUCGGUAGAGUGCUUGCCUUGCAAGCACAAGUCCCUGGGUUUGAUCCCCAGCACCGCAAAAAAAAAAAAAAAAGAAAAAAGAAAAGAAAGAAGUGACUUGCGCUCAUGUACCCAUUGCAGCAUUCCUCUGCCCCUGCUUCCUGGGGCCGCCUCUCCUGAGCCAACUUGAGAUGCACCUGCCCCUCCAAGCCACUUUCUCCCUCUCCACCCUGUGGACAGGUGCUUAGAGUUCAGAGAGGCUUGGGGACGUGGGCCAGACCAUAGGAGGCUUGGCACUGCUGGACUCUGGAGGUACUUCCACCCACGAUGCCCUCUAGACACCAAGGGGGACCUCGUAUGGUGCUUUGGGGUCUGGAGGAGGACAGGAAGGAGCGGUGGGGCUGCCCCAGCUCUCUGUCCUGUGUGGCAUGGCUGAACUCUCAGCAGGACCUGGGGGCGCUCUGACCCACCUCCUCCUGCUCCUCUCCUCCCGCAGAGAGCCAGAUGCUGCCGACAGCUGGAGGGCUCGGCCUUCCUGGCACACAGUUCUGCCUGCACAGGGGGUGGGUUCAUUUUAAUAACUUCAUUUCACCCUCAUGCACACUCUGCUGCCUCCUUCCCCCCUUUCUGCCUUCCCCGGUAACCAGGCUGCUCUUCUAGCUUGAAUUUUUGCUAACAGACUUCCUUUAAAAUCUUAAUUCUUUGGAAUAGGCCUCUGGUUCCUACUAUUCUUGCCAGAUACCUCCUGAGUCCUCGUGUCUUCACAUGAGUAACAGGUCCACCCAACUUCCGAGGGCUAAGAAGGCAGCUACGUCUGUCCUUGCGGGCAACGUCUAUGGCUUCCGCCACAGAGAUGGACCCCAGCUGGGGUCCAUAAAGUGCAGUGACCUCCACCCUCGCCAUUCCCACACUUACGGGAGAGUUGGUUCCUCUUGAAGGAGCCCAUCUCCUUCCCAUUGAGAAAGUCUGAGGCCCACCUUCACCCCAUUCCUGUGGCCUCCCCCUAAUGCCCUGCAGAGCAGUCUGAAAUCUCCCUGGACUAUUUGGUGACCAUUCCUGUCCUGCUCCUGCAUCCACUCAGUCUCCCCCAUCAGAAUGGAGCCCCUGAAGCAAACCUACCCGAUCGGGGGCUCUUUGAAGACAUAACUGUAUCCCCCACUGUAUCAAACGGGAGCACAUGGAGCCAGGAUCUGGGCCACCUUCAUUAGAUUGCGAUUAAAUUAGAUUAAAUUCCUGAGGCCAGUAUCUGUGCCUCCCUCGUCAGAAUGAGCGCUCCCUGAGGGCAGGGUCCCUUCUUACUGAGGGUCCCUGGAUGGAAGCCGUGCCUCUCUCAUCAGGCUGGAGUCCCCACUCUGAUGCCCAGAACCGCGCUAUUGAUGAAAGAGGGACCGCUUGCUCUUUUCUAAGCGACAGGACACCUGGAGGCUGCCUCUGCCCCUCAGCUCUGCACAGAGGCACCGCCUGGUCCUCGCCGUCCCCGUCUCCAGGGUGCGCCUUCUCAGCAGUCUGCAGAGCCAGCAAGAGGGAACACGUGUCAGGUCAACUGGCAGCGAUGCUGAGUUCUCCUCUUGAUGGAGCUUAAGGCAAAAGCGAAUGGGUGUCUGGUCCCCCCAUUCUCCUUCCCUGAGAUGAGCAAGCAGGAACUGAGUCACCCCCUCCCCAUCCUUGGCAGGAAUGCUGAUGACCUUGCAUGUGGCAGGCUCCCGCAGAGAGGCCUGUUGCUCAG